AUGACGGGGGACGACUCGGCGGGGUUCUGCGGAAACCAGAGAGAAGCGGUGCUCGCCAUCGCCAGCGGGUACACGCCGAUCGUACAGGUGAUGGGGACGGGCGGCGGCAAGAGCGUCUCGUUCAUGUUGCCGGCGUUCUGCUCGCCGGACGGGGUGACGGUGGUUGUGACGCCGCUGGUAGCGCUGCGGACGGAUCUGCACAGGCGAUGCGUCAAGGCGGGGAUCACAUCGCACGUAUGGCAGAGCCGGAAGAACAACCAGGCGGCGUCCAUCAUCUUCGUCACGGUCGAGUUAGCCAUUAUAAAGGGGCGUAGGCAGGCGUUAGACCGCGUCGUUAUAAACGAAUACUAUAUCGUACUAAAGGGUUCACGGAGCUUCCGGCCACGGCUUAAUAAGCUCGGGGAGGCGAUUCGCGAGUUCGCAUUCUUCCACGCAAUGCGACUAGAGGCAAGUCGUAUAAGCAUGUUCCGAACAGCGACGACGCGCAAGAACAUAGGAUAUUCCGUCGUCAUAGCAAGCGACAGGAUCAGUGACGAGGACGACGGUGGCGCAGAACAAGACGAAGAUGACGCGGCGCUCAAGACACUUGACACGGUUGAGGCCGAGGUAUGCCGGGUAGCAGUCCAGUGGGUACGUGAGCUUCUGGCCAGCGGCGGGCGAGGCAAGGCGGUGGUAUACGCCACGUUAAUCGAGCAGGUAGAGCGUUUAGGAUCAGUACUGGGGUACGCCACGUUCUUCAGCGACGUCGACUCGACAGAGGGCAAGGCGGCUCGGCUCGAGGCGUGGCGUCGAAGCAACGGGGCCGAGGGCGUCGUAAUAGCGACGAACGCAUUAGGACUAGGCAUCGAUAUCCCGGACGUGCGGCUCGUGAUCCACGCCGACAUACUAACGGGACUCCGCCGAUUCGUGCAGGAGAGCGGGCGAGCAGGGCACGACGGGCAGCCGAGCAUAUUAGUCGUAGUACGCCGCAGCGACAAUAAUAGCGGAUCAUAA